AUGGCGGAUUCGAGCCCUGCAAGUUUCUUGACUCAAGCCAACGCUUUACUUCGGAAGAAUUUAGUUUUUCAGAAACGGAACAUAUGGAGCAACGUACGUCUCAUCACGAUCCCUUUAUUCCUCUGUAUACUCCUACUUGUUGUUCAGAUGCUCUUUGACACUCAAUUCAACGAUGUACAUGGUCAAUGUGGCUGCUUAAAUGAGAAAACUUGCGGCUUACGUUAUUCCACUUCAGAGCAAGCAGCGUUUUGCGCCAUUCCUAAUCCACCACAAUGGACUCCUUUACUGCAAAUCGCGCUUCCUCAAUACCGACCUGCGAUUCAAAACCCUAACCAUGCUUCCCCUGCAACUUUCUUCUUCACCGGGAAUAAUCAGUCCCUUGGAAAAAAGAUAAAGUGUGUCCAAGGAUCAAAUCUGUGGCGGAAUAGUUCUUCCGAUGUGAACAAUGAGCUUUACAAGGGUUACAGAAAAGGAAAUCCAGACGACAAGAUCAACGAGUAUGCAGGAGCCUUUGAUUUUCAGAACACGAAUAGGAACAAUCUCAACGUUACUGUUUGGUACAACUCCACAUACAAGAACGAUACAGUGGUUCGGCCUAUGGCUCUAAUUCGAGUCCCUCGCUUAGUCAAUAUGGCAUCUAAUUCAUAUCUUGAGUUCCUAAAAGGUUCAGAGACAAAGAUACUUUUUGAGUAUGUCAAAGAAAUGCCCAAACCAGAGACUAAACUUAACCUAGACAUCACAUCUCUAAUCGGUCCUCUCUUCUUCACAUGGGUCAUUCUCUUGUUAUUCCCUUUGAUCUUAACAACACUGGUCUAUGAGAAACAACAGAGGUUAAGAAUCAUGAUGAAAAUGCAUGGACUCGGUGAUGCUCCUUACUGGAUAGUUUCUUACACUUAUUUUCUUCUUAUAUCAGUUCUAUAUAUGUUGUGCUUCGCGGUGUUUGGGUCAGCCAUCGGCUUAAACUUCUUCAGGCUUAACGACUAUAGUAUCCAACUUGUGUUCUUCCUGAUUUACAUUAAUCUUCAGAUAUCAGUCGCCAUUUUAGCCUCAGCAAUAUUUUCAGAUGUUAAAACUGCUACAGUUAUAGCAUACAUAUAUGUCUUUGGAACCGGACUCUUAGGAAUCUUUCUUUUCCAAUUCUUCUUGGAAGAUCCUCACUUCCCAAGAGGCUGGAUCAUUGUGAUGGAGCUGUACCCAGGAUUUUCUUUGUACCGCGGAUUAUAUGAGUUAUCACAAGCUGCAUUUUCAGGAGAUUAUCGUGGUGUAGAUGGAAUAAGAUGGGGAGAUUUUGACAAUGGAAUGAAAGAAGUGACUUGUAUCAUGCUCGUUGAGUGGCUGUUACUUCUUGUUUCAUCAUAUUACAUUGAUCAAAUCACUUACUCAAGGAAACAUCCUUUGUUCUUUCUCCGGCAAGGCUCUUCAAAGAAGAAACAACAUCAUUCCUUUCACAACCAAAUCUCCAAAGUUGUUGUAGAAAUGGAGAAACCAGAUGUGUGUCAAGAGAGCGAGAAAGUAGAGCAGUGUCUACUAGAAUCAACUGGAAACUGUGCGGUUUUAUGCUAUAAUCUCAAGAAAGUGUACUCAGGUAAAGAUGGAAAUCCUAAGAAGCUUGCGGUAAGAGGAUUGUCUCUUGCUUUGCCUCAAGGAGAAUGCUUUGGCAUGCUUGGCCCUAAUGGAGCUGGCAAAACCUCUUUCAUCAAUAUGAUGACAGGACUCACUAAACCAUCAUCUGGUACAGCAUUUGUCCAAGGACUUGACAUACUAACCGAUAUGGACAAGAUAUAUACAACGAUUGGAGUCUGUCCGCAACACGAGUAUGAUACUUUCAUCUACAAGUAUAACUGGUAA